CUUCUGGGAUUACCAAAUGAACCUGAACUGCAGCCCCUAAUAUUUGGGAUUUUCCUCUCCAUGUACGUGAUGACAGUGUUUGGGAACCUGCUCAUCAUCCUGGCUGUCAGCUCAGACUCCCACCUCCACACACCCAUGUACUUCUUCCUCUCCAACCUGUCCUUUGUAGAUAUCUGUUUCACUUCCACCAUCAUCCCAAAGAUGCUGUGGAACAUCCAGACUCAAAGAAAAGCCAUAACCUAUGAAGGCUGCAUCAUCCAGAUGUAUUUUUACUUAUUAUUUGGGGUAUUGGACGUCUUCCUCCUGUCUGUGAUGGCCUAUGACCGGUUUAUGGCCAUCUGCCACCCCCUACACUACAUGGUCAUCAUGAAUCCCUGGCUCUGUGGUCUCCUGGUUCUUUCAUCUUAUAUUAUGAGCUUCCUGUACUCCUUGCUACAAAGCUUUAUGGUGGUGCAGCUGUCCUUCUGCACAAACAAGAAAAUCCCCCACUUUUUCUGUGAAACCAGUCAAAUUGUCCAACUUGCCUGUUCUGACACCUUCAUCUGUGACACGGUGAUGUAUUUUGCAGCAGUGCUGCUGGGUGGUGGUUCCCUUGCUGCUAUCCUUUACUCAUACUCUAAGAUAAUUUCCGCCAUAGAUGGAAUCUCAUCAACUCAGGGAAAAUAUAAAGCAUUUUCCACCUGUGCAUCUCACCUCUCCAUUGUCUCCUUAUUUUAUUUUUCAGUCCUGGGAGUGUACUUAAGCUCUGCUGAGACCCACAGCUCACUCUCGGCUACAACAGCCUCUGUGAUGUACACUGUGGUCACACCCAUGCUGAACCCCUUCAUCUACAGUCUGAGGAAUAAAGACAUAAAAAAGGCUCUGAAAAUAUUAUUUGGGAAGGAAACUAUAAUAGGGAUAAUUAUCCUGGGGCUGAAAAAUUGCCAUUGA